AACAUUUUAGCAUGGUGUUGUCAUGUAACAUAGAUAACGGAUAUACUGUACAAAGGUGACAUUUGUAAUUAUCGAGCAUAGCACCAACCCCUGAAAGCACCAUCCUACACUGCCGGGAUUUGGCGCGUUUGGUUGCCAUGGAGCUCAGAGUGAUUACUCCGUUGUCCAGCAGACACAAAGCCGGAUGGCGCUUUGAAAUAGUAAUGGGAGAGAGCCGACUGAUGUUCCUCACUAGAGAUGUCCAUGUAGACUGGAUAGACAAGCAAAGAAGUUAAGUUUCUCGAGGAACAAAGUCCGGAAGUCAACGCUGGGUAGCAUUGCUGGGCGCGUGCCUGUCCCAGUCACCUGUAUUCCACGCAGUUAUGACCGGCAGGGAGGUGGACAACCGCCUGCAGGUGCUUCAGAUAUACCGCCUGUUGCAGUACAUCCAUGAGAAUGAUCAGGCACAAAUUGAGAAGAUGGUCAACCUUGGGGUACAAAACCUCAUUAAUCUCACAGAGCCACAGAAGGGAACCGGGGCGCUUCACAUGGCGGUUGCAGCCAACAAUCAGGAUCUGGUCCGAUUUCUCCUGUCAUUGAGAGCCCAUCCUGACAUCCAGAAUAAGAGGGGCCACACCCCGGUCAUGUUAGCUGCUGAACUGGGUAAUGAGGACAUCCUGAAAAUGUUGGCACACAAUGAGGCUAAUAUGAGUAUCCAAGAUAAUGAGGGUAAAGGGGUUCUGUUCUACUGCAUCUACCCAACGAAGCGACACACACGUUGCCUGCAGGUGGUGCUAGACUUCCAGGCAGACGUCAACAACGUGUCGUCACAGGGGACUCACGUCUUUCAGCUGAUGUGUCAACACGCCAAAGAGUGUGCUCCCAUGUGUCACAUGAUGCUGGCUAAAGGGGCCGACCCCAAUGCGACUGAUCAGCAAACAGGGGUGACAGCGUUGAUGGAGGCGGCCAAGGCUGGUUCCCUGGAGCUUGUCAGAGACAUUCUGAAAAGGGGCGGAAACCCCAACGCCUUAGAUGAGAAACGCCUGUCAGCAGUGCACUAUGCUGCCAUGGGGGGCUUUUUUGAGGUGAUUGUGUUGCUGUCAGCAUUCUCAGCAGAAAUGAACAUUAUCAACGUGGAGGAGUACACGGCCCUCCACUUCGCAGCUAAAACGGGCGACGUCAACUGCUGCAAGUUCCUGGCUCAGAGAGGCUGCAACGCCAAGGUGAAGAACUGCGAUGGUUUGCUGCCACGCCAGAUUGCUAAAGACGGGGGUCACAAAGGGGCCGUGAAGGAGUUGAGGAAAGCGGAGCAGCAGAGGGGAAAGGAGAACACUGACGAGACUUGCUUGACAGAAGUGUGGGCCCUGACCCUCCAUGACUGGUCUAACGAAAACGAGGCCGAUCUGCGAGAAGCCUUUGAGAGCGAUGCGGUUUACAAAGACAUAUUUCUGUCCGUUUUAGAAACAUUGGGUGCUCCGGUCACCCAAGAGCAGUUGGAGACGGUCUUCUCAUUACAUCAGACUGGAAGAGAACAAUGUAUCAAAAUCAGCGAUUUCAUCAAAGGUGCCAGCUACAUCAAGAAGCCAUAUCUCCUCCUCUCAUACGUCCCCAAGAAGAAGAAAGGUGGGAAGGGAGGGAAGGGAAAGAAGAAACCAAAAUUUGUCCUCCCUUUGCCUGUUUGCACCCUCCCACCGGAACUCAAGCCUCGCCGAUCAGAUGGAGGCCCACCAGAAUACAUGAUUGAGACAUACAGUAUGGAAGACGCCCGCCUAAUGGAACAAGAACCUCCACCACAUCAUCCCGUAGUUAAUGACACCGCAUGGUACACGGAGAAGCCAGACAAGAUCUAUGUCAAUAUCAACUACCUUGUGAAGAGCGGAGAUAUUGAGGCUUUGGAAGUCGCUUUUAGUCACAGGAUUCCUGUGGAUAUUCAAGAUCCGUUUUACAAGACCCCGCUGAUGGUUGCCUGUGCCACUGGUAACUGUGAGGUAGCUAAGUACCUCCUGGGCAAGAGGGCGACGGUGGAUAUUUGUGACCAGUUCUGCUGGACGGCGCUCCACCAUGCUGCUCAAGCUGGCCAAGUGGAACUUCUGGAACUUCUAUUGAAUGCAGGAGCCAACAUAGAUGCUCAGACCAUCACUGGGACCACACCCCUCAUGGUUGCCAUCCAGAGCACUCAUCUAGAUUGUGUUGAGUACUUCAUCAACGCUGGUGCCAAUCUCCUGGUGGAGAACAAGAAAGAGCAAAACUGCCUGGACGUUGCCAUUGCCUUCGCUGACGGUGCGAUAUAUCAACUGGUCAAAGAGAAAGUCGAGGCCUUGCCGAAGCCAAAAAACAAAGGAAAGGGUGCCAAACCUAAAAAAGCCAAGGCUACUGCUGCGGGAGAUGCAGGCAGCGCGACUGCAACAGCAAUGAAGAUUUCUCAGGCGGAGUCAAAAAGUGUCAUCCAGCACAACACUGAUAUCAUGACUGGGAAGAAUAACGCUCAGGAUAUCUCAUUUGUUGCCAAAACGGUUUGGGGGAAGCCACCACCGACCAGCCAACUGAAGUCAAAGAUAGAGAGACAGAAGGAGCUCAUGUCUCUCGAGUUGGACCUGGACGACUUCAUGAUGAUGCCUUUCACCCAGAAUCACUAAAAGGAGAAAAAAUAAAAGCCCAGCUUGGACUGGACGGAGGUUUGGCAGAGACAAACAUGGUUACUGGAUGUAGACUUGAAUUAACAUAGCUGAGCAUCACAUGUCAAAAAGACCCACUAUGACAUUUUAGCGUAUGCAUUAAAACCGUCUUAACUCUUUCAUAAUAAUUUCUAUGAUGCUGUACAGAUUACAGUGGCAAGAAGUAGAUGUCCCACAGUAGAUGAGAGCCUAGAUCUAGAGUGGUGGUGGUCGUUUUGUACAUUUUUUAUGGAAAUCAUCAAAAUUGAACAAUAUUUAUAUACAGUAUAUGGCAAUUCUCUCCUGAUCAAAAUUUUAAGACUAGUUGAAAAUUGCAAGAAUUUUGCACUGUUGGACACUUAAGGACACUCUAAGUAGAGCUUCAAAGUGCAAAAAGAAGAAAUGAGACAAA